AUGUCGCCUCUGUGGCUACUCGUGCUACUACCGGCCUUGACAUUGGCUGAGCUGAUCAGUGACCUCCACGACAAGCUGGACAAGAACAAGGACGGGGAACUGACCAAGGCGGAGAUAAUGAACGCCGUGAAGGUCUACGACAGCAACAACGACACGGCCUUGACCGUCGCGGAAUUUUUCAACUUCUCCACGGCGAACCUGGGCAACCUCCUGCAACAGGCCAUGGCAUGGGGCAAGUACAUCGACAAGAACAAGGACAAGCUGGUCAGCACAGCCGAGUUUAACACGGCAUUUCAGGAGAUGGAUGCAAACGGGAACGGGAAAGUGACGAAACUAGAAUAUUUGGGGUACGCUAUCAAGAUGGUGCCUUAUGUUCUGGUAUGAUGAGUUCGAGGAAUGCAUGGCAUAAGUGAACAGGCCUUCAAUAGCGAGAUUAAAAAUCC